GAAGUAGGUGGACCUUCGAAGAAACCAGGCAGCGUCCCUCUCUCUGUCUCGCUCGCUCUCUCUCUCUCUCUCUCUCUCUCUCUCUCUAUUUAUACGAAGCCUUUCACAUCGUUCCUGCCGGAUUCUUUUCCCUUCCACAAGAAACAAUCAUUUUCUCGUCUUGGGGAUCGACCGUUGUGAAGGAAGAAGGUGAGGGAAAGGGGAGCAACCGCAUUGACCGUCAUGCCGACAGUGAGUGUGAAAUGGCAAAAGGAACUAUUUCCAGCUGUUGAAAUUGAUACAACCCAGCCUCCUUACGUUUUUAAGUGCCAGCUGUAUGAUUUAACUGGAGUCCCCCCUGAAAGACAAAAGAUAAUGGUCAAAGGUGGAUUACUAAAGGAUGAUGCUGAUUGGAAUACUUUGGGCGUAAAAGAGGGCCAAAAGCUGAUGAUGGUGGGAACUGCUGAGGAAGCUGUGAAAGCCCCAGAAAAAAACACAGUCUUCAUGGAAGACCUCCCAGAAGACCAACAAGUUGUGGCUGUGGGUCACACUGCCGGUCUUUAUAAUCUUGGGAAUACCUGCUACAUGAACUCAACAUUGCAGUGCUUGCAUUCAGUUCCAGAGCUAAAGUCAGCUUUGCUAAAGUAUUCAAAUUCAGGAAGGAGCAAUGACUUAGAUCCUUCCUCUCAUCUUCUAACUGUAGCUACACGAGAUUUAUUUGGUGAGCUUGACCGAAGUGUCAAACCUGUUGCACCUAUGCAGUUUUGGAUGGUUUUGCGGAAAAAAUUUCCUCAAUUUGGUCAGCAACAUAAUGGCUUUUACAUGCAACAGGAUGCAGAGGAAUGUUGGUCCCAACUUCUCUAUCUUCUUUCUCAGUCCAUUAAAGAACCAGAAGCAAGAGAAAAUGAAACUGUGAAGUCCCUAUUUGGAAUUGAACUUGUCAGCAGGGUCCAUUGCCAAGAAAGUGGUGAAGAAAGUUCAGAGAAAGAGUCAGUAUACUCCCUCAAAUGUCACAUAUCACAGGAAGUGAACCAUUUGCAUGAAGGCUUAAAGCAUGGUCUCAGGUCAGAACUAGAGAAGGCUUCUCCUGCAUUGGGGCGUACUGCAAUUUAUCUUAAAGAAUCAUGUAUAGAUGAUUUGCCUAGAUAUCUAACCAUUCAAUUUGUACGCUUUUUCUGGAAAAGAGGAAGCAAUCAGAAAGCAAAGAUUUUGCGAAAAGUUGAUUAUCCCUUGGAGCUAGAUGUAUUUGAUUUUUGUUCAGAUAGCCUUCGACAAAAGCUGCAAACUCCUCGACAGAUCCUAAGAGAUGAAGAAGGUGCAAAGCUUGGGUUGAAAGCUAAUAAGAGCAAUUCUUCAGAAGAAAAAGAUGUCAACAUGGUAAAGGAGGAAACCUCAACUGAUAUAAAUGAUCGAAGUGCGGCUGCCAAUCAAGAAGGUACAGGUACCUCAUCCGAGAAGGAAAUGCACUUAACCGGAAUCUACGACCUUGUUGCUGUUCUGACUCACAAGGGAAGGAGUGCUGAUUCAGGGCACUAUGUUGCUUGGGUGAAACAAGAAAAUGGGAAGUGGAUUCUAUUCGAUGAUGAAAAUCCGAUCCUGCAGAAGGAGGAAGACAUCACAAAACUUUCUGGAGGAGGUGACUGGCACAUGGCAUACAUUUGCAUGUACAAGGCUCGAGUAAUUCGUUAUUAAAAGGUUUCUGAAAGCACAAGACUCGGAGUGGUUGAUCUUUCCUGAGGAAGUGUUAUCCAUGAGGCAUGUUUGCCUAAUGGCCUUUUGUUAUUUGCCAAAUCCUUCCUUUCUAUUUAACAACAGAGAAUGUACCAUCUAUGUCGUUGUUAAAGACAUGGUGCAUGUAAUCAUUUGGUGGGAGAUUCACUUUUGGUUUCAUAUUUCUCAUUGUAAUUGAACCGUGUUAUACCAGAAAUGUAGUUGGGAUCAGGGGUUUUAGGUUGAGCA